AUGUCGACUCCAACUCACAUCUACAAAAUUGUAUCCUCAUCGACACCUCCUCCUGUACCCCUCCCGGAAGCCCUCCCUGUCAGUGAACUCGAUCAAAACGAUGGAUUCAUCCACCUUUCGACCGAAAAACAGCUUCCGGGCACCCUCAAGCGCUUCUUUCAAAGCGACGGCCUCGUCUAUAUUUUGAGGAUCGAUUACAGGAAGGUGGAGAAGAAUAUUAAAUGGGAGAAUGGGAAAGGAACUGCUCCUGGAGGUAUUGGCGAAGAGGGCAUAUUUCCGCAUCUCUAUAAUGGGCUUCAUGUUGGAAGAGAAGAGAUCGAGAGUUUCAAGCAAUGGGAAAAGGACUCUCAGGACAGUUGGGAUACUGCAAUAGCCAAGGCAAGGGCAGAUGGGUGGUUUGUUUAUUGA